AUGCUACAGCAGAACGAGGUCUUCGAUGCAGAGCUGUCAAUGGCAGGCAUUUUCGAGGUCAAAUCUGCAGCCCGGGCUCCACUUCUAGAGGCCCUGACUUUGGGAAAGCUUCUGCUGCUACCAGCCCUAUUGACAGAUGAUGGGCAUGGGCACGGCAUCCCAGACUUUGGCUUAUGGAGAUCUUUUCUCGACAGCUGUUCUUGUUUUUGGUUGGAUGCGUCCCGCUGUUUUUCCCGUGCGGGCACGGAGUUUUUUGGGCACGGAGAUGCGGUUCAUCUGAGCGUGGACUUAAGCUGUGAGGAGCUGUGUGCAGCAUGCGAUUUUCCCUCAAGACGCUCGAGGGCAGCGUUUGAAGCACCCCUGGCCUUGCCUGAAGUGUCAAAGGUAGCCAUCACGCUGUGGAUCUCGCCUUUGGACCUCAGUGCUCAUAUCCACCUGCCAGAUUGUAGCAGUACAGAGCGUGACCAGCGGCUAAAUUGCAUGAUUCUGGGGUCCGACAUGAAGAAGGUGCAUUUCUUUGGUGGCACUCCAGGUGGCAUCGAGGUCAACGCAGAGGGGGGCCAUCUGCAAACAGACAUGGUAAAGGAUUUGGGGGCUGGGUCCUGGGUAAGCUUCGAGGAGUUUGCCUCGAUGGCACGUGAGUCGCUGGAGCGCGUUAACUCUGAAGAUCACGAGCCGUGA